AUGGCCCGUGCUCAGCAGGAGCACUGGAAGCCCAUCUUCGCAGGAUCACCUCUGAGCCAGGAUGCGGUCAAGGCACGCCUGCGCGAGCACCUCCCUCACUCCGACGCUGCCUGCCCGCCUCCGCGGAACAUCAGCCGAGGCGCGCUCUGGAGCGUGCCCGCCCGCCCGUCGGCCGACUUUGUCCGCACCUCUCACCCCGAUCUACAACCGACCCAGGACAGAGACGAGUUCCAGGAGAAGUUCACGAUCCUCACCGCCGAGUACAACCGGGUGAUGAACAUGAGCGACGAGCAGAUCUUCUGGGAGGCGUUCGACACGGGCAUCACGAGGAUGGCGACCAAGAGGGUGGACGGGCCCUCCCUGAACCCGUGGGAGAGGAAGUUCCGGCAGAGGGCUCGCGAGCAGGGGCGGUUGGAGGUGGACGAGCUGGAGUACGACGUGGACUGCCGGAAGCAGGCGGAGCUCUACCUGGAGGGUUGCGCGGUGGACCCGUCCAUGGAGUCCUGCGGCGCCGACGACAGGUCCGCGGAGGUGCUCCAGGAGCUGGGCGUGCUCCCCCCCGAGUAA